AUGACUACCUUUAACGAAUAUCCAUUCUUGGCUGAAUUAGGCAUUAAAGCUGAAAAUAAUGAUGGAGUCUUCAAUGGAAAAUGGGGAGGUGCUGGUGAAAUCAUCAAAUGUUUAAAUCCAACAAAUAAUAAAGUUAUUGCAACUGUUAGAGGUGCUGCACCAGAAGAAUAUGAAACAUGUAUUCAAGCAAUGUUAGCAGCAAAAGUAAAAUGGGCAUUAACACCAGCUCCAAGAAGAGGUGAAAUUGUUAGAUUAAUUGGUCAAGCCAUGAGAGAAAAAAUUGAACCAUUAUCAAAAUUAAUUUCAUUAGAAAUGGGUAAAAUUUACAUUGAAGCUAAAGGUGAAGUACAAGAAUUCAUUGACGUAUGCGAUUAUGCAACUGGUUUAAGUAGAUCAAUCAAUGGUCAAGUGAUGCCAUCUGAACGUCCAAAUCACAUUUUAAUGGAAACCUGGAAUCCAUUAGGUUUAGUUGGUAUCAUUACUGCUUUCAAUUUCCCAUGUGCCGUACUUGGUUGGAAUGCUGCAAUCUCAAUGAUUUGCGGUAACGUCCAAUUAUGGAAAGGUGCCUCCACCACUUCACUCAUUACAUUAGCCGUUAGCAAAAUCAUUGAAAAGGUUUUAGUUGAAAAUGAUGUCGACCCAGCCGUCUGUUGUGUCCUCAUUGGUCCAGGUCGUACCGUUGGUGAACAAAUGAUUCAAGAUAAACGUUUCGGUUUAAUUUCAUUCACUGGUUCAACUGAAGUCGGUCGUCGUAUCUCUAGUACCGUCCACGGUUACUUUGGUAAGACCAUCCUCGAAUUAGGUGGUAACAAUGCCAUCGUUGUUGCUGAAGAUGCUGAUAUUGAACUCGUUCUCCGUGCCGUUCUCUUUGCUUCUGUUGGUACCACUGGACAACGUUGUACCACUUGUAGACGUUUAUUCGUUCACGAAUCAUUGUAUGACACCAUUUUGGAACGUUUAACCAAAGCCUACAAAACCAUUAAAAUCGGUAAUCCACUUGAAGAAGGUGUUUUAGUAGGUCCACUCCACACCCAAAGCGCUGUUAAAGAAUUCACUGAAGGUCUUGAAGAAAUAAAAAAGCAAGGUGGUAAGGUCGUCAUUGGUGGUAAUAAACUCGAUAUCAGUGGUGGAAACUUUGUUGAACCAACCGUCGUUGCCAUUGAACAUGAUGCUCCAAUCGUAAAGACUGAACUCUUUGUUCCAAUUCUCUACAUAAUGAAAUUCAAAAAUCUUGACGAUGCUUUUGCCUGGAAUAAUGAAGUCCCACAAGGUCUCUCAUCUUCCCUCUUCACAAACAAUCAAAAGAAUAUCUUCAAAUGGCUUGGACCUACCGGAUCUGACUGUGGUAUAGUUAACGUAAAUGUAGCUACAAACGGUGCUGAAAUUGGUGGUGCCUUUGGAGGUGAAAAAGAGACCGGAGGUGGUAGAGAAUCUGGCUCAGACAGCUGGAAACAGUAUUGCCGUCGUAGUACUAAUACAAUCAACUAUGGUAAUACUAUGCCAUUAUCACAAGGUAUCAAUUUUAACUAA